GACCUCUCACGCUUUUUUCGCGAACUACGGUGUCUUCUGCUGGUAGAAGCGUGCUCGCUCCGGCACUUCUCGUCCUGGACUGCAGCUAACCAUCGAUGGAGUCGUCGGGGACCAUGGAGGACUUCCACUGGCUAUGGAAGUUCGGCCCCGGUUUCACCAUUUCGGGCGACAGUGUCACCGUGCUGCACGAACCAAACCAGUUCUAUGAGCAUCUCAAGAAGCUGGCGGCGUCUGCGAGCAAACGUAUCGUAUUGGCCUCUCUCUACCUUGGCAAUGGGGAACUCGAGAAAGACCUGGUCUCGGAACUGCACGCGGCGGCCAGGCGCAACGUGGAGAUUCGCGUGCUCUUAGAUUACACCAGGGGAUCGAGAGGCGAGGUAAACUCGCGCACACUCUUGAUGCCCCUGCUGCAAGAGUUUGGUGGCCCCUCGAGCAGCAGUGGUGGCCUCGGCGAACCUGCAGAAUCCCUGAGCCAAGUUCAGGUGGCACUGUACCACAGUCCGCGGCUCCGCGGCCUCGUACGCUGGCUGCUACCGGCACGUUGGAACGAGACGCUUGGACUCAGUCACCUCAAGGUCUACCUGUUUGACGACACCCUCAUCCUCAGUGGGGCCAAUUUGAGCGACCAGUACUUCAGGAACCGGCAGGACCGCUACGUCGUCUUCCGCGACUGUCCACACCUUGCCGACUACUUUUCUCAUGUCGUGCAGACAGUGUCGUCGUUCUCUCUGCAGCUCCAAGGGGACGACUCUGUUUGCGUUCAUCCCAGCUUCAAAGUUCAUCCUUUCAAAGGUGACCAUCAAGAAUUUGUGUCGGCUGCAAACCAGCGGUUGUCCAAGUUAAUCAAGCCAAACAGGGAGACAGCUCCGGCACCAAGCCGAGGUGGCGCUUCGGCUGACACUUGGGUCUUUCCACUGCUCCAGAUGGCGCCACUAGGCAUCACUCAGGACCAAGAUGUUACCGAGCGAUUGCUAGCCCAUGCUCCAGCAAGAUCAACGUUACGGCUUGCAACGGGCUACUUCAACCUCACGGAGCGCUACUCUAACAUAAUUCUCAACAAUCAAAGUUCACGCUUCGACCUCCUCGUUGCUUCACCAAAGGUGAACGGCUUCUACGGUGCCGAGGGCAUCAGUGGCGUGAUCCCGACAGUGUACACGCAUUUACUGCGCCAGUUCUUCCUGCGAGUCGGGCCGUCUCACGGUCACGUUCAGGUUGGCGAGUACGAGCGGCCCCACUGGACUUUUCACGGCAAGGGCCUGUGGCUGUGGAGAGACGGCCAGCCAUGGCCAUGCCUCUCUUUCAUUGGCUCGCCAAACUUCGGUUUCCGGUCAGUCCACCAAGAUCUAGAAGCACAGGUUGCCAUUGUGACGACCAAUGAGAAACUUCAGAGGCAGCUGAACCACGAGCAACAAAGGCUGUACGACCUUGCAGCACCCGUAUCCCUCGCCACGUUUCAAAACCCAAGCCGUCACGUGCCUUUCUGGGUCCGGCUUCUUAUGCCACUGUUCCGGCCUCUCUUCUGAGCAUGUGCAUCACACAUAAGAAUCAGACACCACAACUGCAUCAUGUCUAUAGGUCAAUAAACUAAUUGAAUGAAAUAAACGUUUUAAAUCGCGUG